AUGCUCUUCUCAUCGUCAUCGGCAUCAUUCGCCUUGGUGCUUCUGCUAACACAAUGGACGCAUUCCACGAUCGCAGCACAAUGCUAUUACUCCGACGGUAGCAAAGCAGACGGCAGUUUCCAGCCAUGCUUCCCGGAUCAAGAUAAUAGCCCCUGCUGCGCGAAUAACAAGCCCAAGAGCAUGGCCAACGACAUCUGUUUAACGAGUGGACUGUGUUUGGCACAGAUGCAGGGCUUCGCCGGGUUGAUAUAUCAGAAUGCGUGUACCGAUCCAACCGGGAAGAGCAGCCAGUGUCAGAAAAUUUGCUCUGGCUCUACGUCGGGCGGAAUCCAACUUCUCCCUUGCCCGGCCAAGGGUGUUGACCAGUGGUGCUGUAGCAUCAACGGGACAGACUGCUGCGAUAACGCGGGGACAGUCACCAUCGGCACGAUCUACGGAUACACGAGCACAUCAGCAUCGUCGACAUCAACAUCAACAGCCACCGGGACCGGAACGAUAGCUACAACGACGGUCACCACAACAGCUGCAGCCGGCAACGGUACGGAAGUCUGCGCGGGUUCAAGCUCGAAGACGACCGCGGUCGGGGCGGGGGUUGGCGCUGGACUGGGUGCCUGUUUGGUUGCCACGCUAUUUGCGCUCUGGUUCCAACGACGGAUGUAUCAGAAGAAACUGCAGCAGACUGGCGGAUACGCGGGAUACAGUCCUGCCAAUAUGACAUAUGCUCAAUCCGGGUAUUCGAAUCCGUCGAGUGGUGCUCAGCGAAUUGUCUCUGAGUUGCAGUCAAAUCAAGAAGUCAUCCAUGAGGUGGAUGGACGCGAGGCACGAAAAUGA